UUAAGUUUGUUCAGUGUGCAAUAUUCACGCUUUUGUAUAUAGUUCCGUCACAUUCAUGCAGUUCAGUUUAAUGGCCAUCACUGUCAUGCAGCCGUCUGGGGAACACAGUGACAUUUAGUACAGUAGAUUUUGGAGAUUUACAUGCAUGAAAACGUAUCUUUUGAAUUCGCCACCUUCAGAACAAAAAAAUUCCUAUUUGUUUCCUUUUUUUCCAUUUUGCAUGUCUUUAGUGUUAUUUAGCACGGGUUGAGUUACCCAAGGAGCGUCCACCAUGGUACUUUUUUCUCUCUUUUUUCUCUGUCCAUCAGCAAGUAGUAUGACUAACUGAAAUCAAUCUACAUGUACAUGUACACGGAGCCUUUGCAAAACAGGCUAUAUAGCUCCUGUUCUUUACACAAUAUGCACGGUCAAAGUCCACCGUCGUCCAUAGUGCAUGCAUGCCUCAUACAUAGAGUGUUCAUUACUUACACCGAACUGUAAUGGACCCCUAGCCCUUAAGCCGACCUAGAUGUACUUCCAAUGUGUGGACUCUGAUGCAGGGGCACAUACAUACAGAUGUUUUGAUUUAACCAAUAAGGUACAGGGCGGGCACGACUUUUGCCUACCCAGCCACGCCAACUGGCGUUCAUGGGGUCCAGUUUAAUACCAACAAGCCUCAGUAGUCAGGGCCGAUAGCCCGACAGUGUCAGCAUCGUGCAUUGGAUCGUAACUAAUUUAUGAAGAGUGCAACCCAGACACUGAGUGACAACAGGAUAGUCAGGUCCAAAACACAUUCCCUCAAAUCCUGUUCAGGGUUUCAGCAUGUCUUUAACCACUGUAUGCAAACGUUGGCUGGGAAGGUCAGGAGUACUCGGUGGAAGAAAACUCCUGUUUUUACUUUCUUUGCUGCUGCUGAUGAUGGCAGGUUCGUGUUUGUUCUUUAACGAAUUUCUUGAUAUCCGGAGAGACGAAACCAAGCACAGCUUGCGUCAAAAUAGCAGAAUCAUCGCCAACAAGACCAAUAUUUUCAAAGAGAGUGUUGGUAAGCCAAUAUCUGCAAACUCUACCCGGGAAAGUAUCGACGCGUCCACAUCUCAUCAUUCGACAAAUCUAAGGAGGAAACAACCUAAUAUAGUCUUUAUUCUUGCUGAUGACUAUGGUUACCAUGACAUUGGUUACCAUGGCUCUGUAAUCAAGACACCUGUUUUGGACAGACUUGCCGCAGAGGGCGUGAAACUUUCCAACUACUACGUUCAGCCGAUCUGUACCCCAACGAGAACGCAGCUAAUGACCGGAAGAUAUCAGAUUCACACCGGAUUUCAACACGCCGUCCUUUACCCUACUAUGCCAAGUUGUCUUCCUUUAGAUGAAAUCACAAUUGCACAGAAAUUAAAAGAAGCGGGCUAUUCUACCCACAUAGUAGGCAAAUGGCAUCUUGGAUUCUACAAGAAGGCCUGUUGGCCAACACGACGGGGCUUCGAUACCUUCUUUGGAUUUUUAGAAGGCAGCGGCACUUACUACUCGCACAUGAGGGGGUCAUUCUAUGAUUUUAGAGACCAAGAGGACGUAGCUUGGCAGUAUAAGGGGCAAUAUUCAACUCAUCUCUUUGCGAAACGAGCACAGGAAAUUAUAACCAAGCAUGACAAAGAAAAGCCGUUUUUCCUGUUCGUGUCAAUGCAAGCUGUCCACAUCCCCCUUGAAGUACCCGAAUCAUACGUGCGUCAUUACGCACACAUCAAAGACAAGAAGAGGCGGACCUAUGCGGGGAUGACGACAUGCAUGGACGAGGCUGUCGGGAACAUCACGACAACGCUGGACGAACUUGGUCUCUGGAACGAUACAUUGCUAAUAUUUUCCACAGAUAAUGGAGGGGCACCUGAAGCAGGCGGGUUCAAUUGGCCGCUACGAGGGAGGAAGAAAAGCUUAUGGGAAGGCGGUGUCCGUGGGAUUGGGUUUGUGCACAGUCCGUUGCUAGACACUCACGUUAGAGGCACUGAAAACAAUGAACUCAUCCACGUUAGCGAUUGGUUUCCUACGCUCGUAUCGGGUCUGGCAGGGGGAAGUUUGAAUGGUACCAAGCCCCUUGACGGCUACAAUCUGUGGGAAACCAUUAGGUCAGGUGCACCCUCGGCUCGCAAGGAAAUCUUGCAUAACAUUGACCCAUUUGAAGGUCACAAACCUCCUUUCAGUGAUAGUCUCUACAACAAUUUGACGUUUACGCCAUCAAUACGGGCUGCCGUACGGGUUGGAGACUGGAAACUCCUGACAGGACCUGUUGGCGCUGGCCACUGGACCCCUCCACCAGAAUCUGGAAAAGCAAUGACACACUCUACAAUGAAACCCGAGCAAAAUAUCUGGCUCUUUAACGUUAGAGAUGAUCCGAACGAAAAAAGUGACCUGUCCGAGGAGAGGCAAGACAUCGUGAAGAAACUCAUGGGGCGCCUGCAGGAUUAUUUCAGCACCUCAGUUCCCGUAUUGUACCCAGACUCAGACAGUAGAGGAAAUCCCAGGAGGUUGGGUGUUAACUACUGGACAAACUGGAUGUAAAGAUGGCGUCCGUCCACAGAGAAAUCGCUGUCAUGAUUUUAAUUUUGUUGUGAAAUCGGUCUUUCCAGUCAGAAAAUUCGCGGAGAUCGACAAUAGGUAAGCAAAAGGAGCCUGUAAUAUGAAUAGCGCCACCUACAAUCGUCUGUCUUGAACAGCGCCUCCGAGCUCCUGAUGACGGAUGAAAUUUAGCCACUUGGCUUUGUAUUUCGACAGCUUAAUGUGUCGGCACCAUGAUGGUCCCUCAAUCAGCCUCCCCAUUAGUGGUCAAACCUCGCCUGUUUUUCCCUAUUCUGGGCCCAUUUAUGGAAGCGCUCAACUUAGUUUUUACUGUGACUCAAUGUGAAAAGCAAUAGGUCCAAAUUAUUUUUUUUGAAAUUAAUGGCGGCAGAUUUCAGUUACAAGCAUGACAUCAUUACUUGCAAGAAUUGGUGAAAUCUAUUUAUAGCGCAAAAAUCAAGGGAACAUAGGUGAUCCUGAUACCAGGUAUUCGGCUGAAGCCUGAGCCGAAGUAGUUCCGAUCUCAUGUUUUAAAGGAAUGACAUGUUACACUACAUGUUACACUACUGAACUGAGAGCAGGCAGUUACGUGAACACGUACCGAGUAAUAAUAUUUGAGCGAAUUCCUUUUUACUUUUUUUUUCAAAAUGUUGUCUCGAUGUAGAAUUUCGCUCAUUUCGGCGCGGCUCGUAUAGUCCGGGGAAGGUUUAAUGCGAUAGCGGAGUGGAACGUUACUGUUUUCAAAUUAGGGAAGGUACUGUUAUUUUACAUUUCAAUCUCACGGUAAAAUUAACGUAAACCUUAAAUAACGAAAACAUGAAUUAUUAUUAAUUUUUGAAAGAAGUUUACAAAACACCUUUUCCGAAAAAUGAAAAUUAAACCGUGUUUACCUCUAACAGUCCUAAAUUCUCCAAUUCCAUUCUGAUUUUAUAUACACCCUAGGCUGUUAGGGUUAAAGAGGCACAGUGUUUUGCCUGUAUUUACAAGGACACCAUUAAAAUUAUUGCGUUGUCAUUCUAAGCACAGCUAGCUUUUCUGCUUGGUGAGCUUUUGAGGUAGGGGGCCUAUUUAACCCGAUCUCAGUAAAAACAAUCCCAUCUUUUUCAUUGGAUGUUUCCUUGAAUGUUAGUGAUAUAAUAACAAAUUAAUUGCCGAAUAUUAUUGACAAAAAAUUAUCAAGUUUUUGAUCCAAGACACGCAUCUUUAUUCAUAUUCAAAUCUGUUGUAAGCGUAGGGGAAUGUGUGCCCUUUUCUCCAGGUUUUCCCGGCUAUUUUAACACGAUUUCCAAUUCACAAAUGUGUAUUUUCGAUGUCGUCUAUUGAAACCGAUGCAGGGUAAUUUCAGUGUUUAAUUUCGUCACUUGUCAGACAACUUCAAAUGUCGAUUUUGACGGCCGAAUGCAACGCACACGUGUGUCAUGUUAGGGCCUAAUGGAUCAAUUUUUGUGUUCCAGAAAGUGAAACGCAUGAAUGCAUCGUGUUGGCAACGCACCCAAUAACGUACACAUGGGAAGGUACCCUUAUUCAAAAACGAAUUCGUCUUUCGUCGAACAUUUUUAUUAUAUGUUUGCACCAUUUCGUCAAGCCUCUUUGCAAUUCAGUAGAAUGCAUACGUCUCGGGGAAAGGGAUUGUCACGAAACGAAUUCUAUUUCUGAAUGCCGCCAGUCUGCAACCCCUGUUCAACUGUAUAUGACGAAUAUUCUCGACGUUUUCUUGAAAUGUGAUUGAGCAACAACUUUUAAAAUUUAAUGGUUAAAGAAGCAACCGUUUUAGGCAAGGCUGGGCUCGUUUUUUCUUGGACUAAAUUGAAACUGUUAUAUAGUGUAUUCCUUUGUUUUUGUCAAAUUAUGCAGUCUAAACAUAGAUUGUGGCAUUGACACACCAUGCAUUUAAGUGCAACUGCAGUUGAAAAGUUAUACAGAGAUGCAAGGACGCCUAUUGAUCUGAAUUUGUGAAAUAUUGAUUACAUGUAGUUGUUUUUAAAAGUUGAUUUCGAAAUGAG